AUGAAGUUCUUCAGCCAGCUGAUAGAGUCAAUCGCCCCUUUCCAAUUCAUAUUCACUACAACCCAUGACAAUCCCUCCAUCGAGUCUUUUGCAACUCCAGAGUACCCUCGAAACUCUGUUCCCACCUCAGCAGACUUUCAUCCUCAGAAGACGCACGGUUAUAUCAACCAGAGUGCCGACACAUCCGCUCAUUCUCCCCAACGAGCUGCCUCUCUAUCUGAAGCGCAUGCACAUACCAUUCGUCAUACUGUUACACCUCAACCUGUUGACACACAGCCCGCACCGAUUGGUUUUAUAUAUAAGCCGAGUCGCGAGUCCAUAGGCACGUACUUGAAUCCUCGAACACCACCGGAAACCCCCCAAAAGAGCGUCAAAUUAUGGCGUCGAAUCAUCUGCGGCAACUCGUAA